AUAUAUGUCAUUUACAGGUUGUUGAUAACAGCUUUCCCGUGUUUUGGAAUAGGGAAAGGAAGCUUAUCACUUGAGAAUAACUGUGCUAAUAAUUUUGAAGUUAUUUGCAGGGAACAUUCCAGUGAUAUGGCGGCUUCCGAAAAUACCUAUAUUUUGUAUGAAGCAAACAGUGGGAAAUCUCAGCAGGGAAAUGAUAGCAUUGGUUCUACUGAUGAUAUAAAGCAGUUAAUAGUUGAUGAUUCCCAUAAAGAACUAAAAAGCAAUUUAGCUGAGACAAGUUUCAACUACAUAAAUAGUGUAAUUGGCUCUGGAAUUGUAGGAAUACCGUAUGCACUUCAACAAGCAGGCAUUGGCUUGGGUAUUAUUUUGCUUCUAUUAAUUGCUGUAGCAACUGACUAUUCACUUUGUAUCAUGAUAAAGGCUGGUACAGCUGCAGGAGUGACUACUUAUCAGGCUCUUAUACAGUCUCAGUUUGGAAAACCUGGUUAUUAUUUUCUAACUGCUGCUCAGUUUCUUUAUCCAUUAAUAGCAAUGAUAAGCUAUAACAUAAUUAUUGGUGAUACAAUAACUAAAGUUCUUAUGAGAAUGUUUCAUGUAUCACGCAAUUCUGUAUUGGGAAACAGACAUUUCAUUGUUCUAAUGUCAACUCUUUUCAUUACUUUGCCUCUUUCCCUGUAUCGAACAAUUGUGCGACUAUCUAUAGUUUCAUUUCUGUCACUACUGUUUGCUGUGUCUAUUGUGUCUUUUGUUCUUAUUAGAGCCUUCAUAAUGUCAGGUGAAAUUCCUGCCACUCCUGAUGCUUUUGCAUUUGCAAAUACAGGAAUUACUGAAGCAAUAGGAGUCAUAGCUUUUGGUUAUUAUUAUAUGCAGAAAAGAAUUUCAUAUUCAAGCUUGAAAAAAUUGCAGCUGAAGGAUUUCUUGGAAGGUGCUGCGAAAGGCAAUUGCAAAGAUGCAGUUUAUCAUUCAAGAGUUAUGCAUAUUAUCUUUUACAUGGUUAAAAAUGAAUGUGAUUUACUAGAAAAUUUCUGUAUGAAUGAUGACUGGGCUAAUGCUGCCCGUUGGAUAUUUACAAUAACAAUUAUGCUCACAUAUCCUAUUGAAUGUUUUGUUACAAGAGAGGUGUUUGAAAAUGCAGUAUUCAAGGAAAAGCAUUCUUCUCUCCUCCGACAUUCUGUCCUCACAGUGUCUCUUGUUGCUAUAACCUUUGCUUUGUCUACGCUUACUGAUUGCCUUAGUAUUGUUUUGGAAUUGAAUGCACCACUCGGCUGGAUUGUUAUCGGCAAGAUAAACAACUGCAUUUUAUAUCAAAGUACUUCAUCUUUGAUAACCAAUAUGCUAAUCCACAGCAGUGAUUUAGAGAAUUUAUGGAAAUUAGAUGCUUUAGGAAUAACUGAUCCCAGUGAAAGCAAGUCUAGUGUAGAAUUGGAAAUGGCUAUAUUGGAUUGCUUUCAAAGGACCUUGAGAAAAAAUGAUGAUGGUAGUUAUGAAGAGUUACUGCCCUUUUACCCUUCUUCAAAAGGUGUACUUACAAAAGACCUGAGAAGAAAAAGUGAGUGGGAUGCUGAACUCCCAGACGAUAUUAAAGAGAAAGUUUUAAAGUCGGUGAAUGAUGUACCUUUAUUGUCCUCGGUGAAGAUAUCUAGACCG